AAAAACAUAAGUUAGAAACCAAAUCCAAAUGUUCCAAUUGUAUUAAUUACGAUUUUCUAAUUAAUGUUAAAAAUGUAGUCAUAAAAUUAUUUUUGCGAGAGAGAGAAAACAUUUAUACUUAGUAAUUAAAGAUAAUAUACGAUCCCGUUGCGGCUGCCGCUGCUCUGCUUCAUCUCCUCCACUGCUUUAUAAAUCCAACUCCUUUACCUUUACAAACAAACAAACAAAACCAUGGCCUCUCUCACUGUCUCUCUCUCCUCCUGCAUUCUCUUCUCUCUCAUCCUCAUCUCCUCCUCCUCCGACGACCAACAAUUCGAUUUCCUCGACGCCGCCGCCACGCUCCACCAAGCUCGUCAAGUCUUCUCUCCAAACCUCGCGGCAAACACUCCAGCGACCGUACAGCUGCUCCCCUCUCUCUCUCUAAGCCUCCACCCUCGCUCCUCCCUCCGUUCCGCCCCCACCACCACCGCCAACUACACCGCCCUCACUCUCUCUCGCCUGGCCCGCGACGAAGCCCGCGUCCAAUCCCUCCUCCUCCGCCACUCACUCGCCCUCUCCGGCAGCUCGGAAUUCUCGCCGCAGCAGUUCCAGUCCCCCGUGACCUCCGGCAUCCGCCUCGGCAGCGGCGAGUAUUUCGCCCGCAUUGGCGUCGGCCGCCCCGCCAAGGACUUCUACAUGGUCAUCGACAGCGGCAGCGACAUCAGCUGGCUCCAAUGCCUGCCCUGCGCUGACUGCUACAACCAAACCGACCCCAUCUUCAACCCCUCCGCCUCCGCCACCUAUCGCCCCGUCUCCUGCGCCGCCCCGCAGUGCUCCGCCCUCGAGGUCUCCGCCUGCCGCACCGAUGCCUGCCUCUACCAGGUCUCCUACGGCGACGGCUCCUACACCGUCGGUAGCUUCGCCACCGAAACCGUCUCCUUCGGCGCCUCCGGCUCCGUCCCCAACGUCGCCAUCGGCUGCGGCCACCACAACGAGGGUUUAUUCGCCGGCGCCGCCGGUCUAUUAGGCCUCGGCGGCGGGCCCCUAUCCCUAACUUCCCAAAUCAAAGCGACGUCGUUCUCCUACUGUUUAGUAAACCGCGACUCGACUUCCUCGUCGACUCUCGAGUUCAACUCGGCCCGGCCCGCCGACUCGGUCCUGGCUCCUUUACUCCUCAAUUCGCGAAUCAACACCUACCACUACGUCGCCCUAACCGGAAUCAACGUAGGCGGCCGCCCGGUUCAAUUCUCCCCGAGCCUCCUCUCAAUCGGCGGCGACGGCCGAGGCGGAGUGAUCAUCGAUUCCGGCACGGCGGUGACACGGUUGCGAUCGGAGGUGUACAACGCGGUGCGCGACGCGUUUGCGGGCAUGGCGCAGAACUUGCCGGCGGCGAGCGGGUUCUCGCUGUUCGACACUUGCUUCGACCUGUCGAGCAUGACGAGGGUGAGGGUGCCGACGGUGUCGCUGCAGUUCGCAGGCGGGAACACGGUGGCGCUGCGGCCGAGCAACUUCUUAAUACCGGUGGACGACGCCGGGAAGUACUGCUUCGCGUUCGCGGGGACGAGCGGGACACUGUCGAUUAUCGGUAACGUGCAGCAGCAAGGGACACGUGUCAGUUACGACCUGGUUAAUAAAUAUAUUGGUUUCAGCCCCAAUAAAUGCUAGUAGUACUAAUUAUUAGUGUAGUAGCUCAAUUACCAUGAGCAAUUUUAAUUUCGAUUCUAAUUCCAAUCAAUAAUUCGUAGUAAUUAUUUUGUAGCUCUGUUUUGGCUCAUAGAAUGAAACAAUCAAAGGCCGUUCAGAUUUA